CCUCAUAAGUCAAAACACACUGCAUUUUUUUUUAUCUUCAAUUUCCUCCUUGUGAAUAUUGGAUAAUGGAGGAAAAGCCUAAGCUCCUCAUCCAUGGAACAAUUGAAGCUACCAUCUUCAAUGCCACACCUUACUCACCUUCGUUUCCCUUCAAUUGUGUAUGCACAAAUGGAAAGCCUGCUUAUGUGACCAUCAACAUAGACAACAAUAGGGUGGCGAAAACGACCCAAGAACAUGAACGUGUGUGGAACCAAACCUUUCAGAUUCAGUGUGCUCAUCCAGAAGACUCAACUACCACAAUUACCCUGAAAACAUCAUGCUCCGUUUUGGGAAAAUUCCACGUGCAGGCCAAGCGGUUGAAGGAAGAGAGUUUGAUCAAUGGUUUCUUCCCUCUCCUUAUGGAAAAUGGAAAACCAAAUCCACAACUAAAAUUAAGAUUCAUGUUAUGGUUCAAGCCAGCAGAUAUGGAACCAAGUUGGACAAAGAUACUAAGCAAUGGGGAAUUUCAAGGGCUGAGGGAUGCUACAUUCCCACAAAGGUCCAAUUGCCAGGUUAAACUCUAUCAUGAUGCUCACCAUUCCUCUACUUUCCACCCUCCUUUUGAUCUAUGUGGAGCACCAAGAAAGCUGUGGGAAGAUGUCUAUAAAGCCAUUGAGGGUGCAAACUAUUUGAUUUAUAUUGCAGGCUGGUCUUUCAAUCCCAAGAUGGUUCUGGUUAGAGAUCCACAAACAGAAAUCCCACAUGCUAGGGAGAUAAAGCUGGGUGAACUAUUGAAGAAGAAGGCAGAGGAAGGAGUAGCUGUGAGGGUUAUGAUUUGGGAUGAUGAAACAUCUUUGCCUUUUAUUAAGAACAAAGGUGUGAUGAAGACUCAUGAUGAGGACGCUUUUGCCUACUUCAAACACACAAAAGUAAUAUGCAGAAAGUGUCCCAGGUUACACCACGAGUUUCCCACACUCUUUGCUCACCAUCAGAAGACCAUAACUGUGGACACCAGAGCACCCAACUCUGUUCGUGCCAGAGAAAUUAUGAGCUUUUUGGGUGGUGUAGAUUUGUGCGAUGGCCGGUAUGACACAGAGAAACACUCACUGUUUCAGACACUCACCGAGGAAUCACAUUACCAUGACUUCUACCAGACAAACAUAGCAGGAGCUAGCCUCAACAAAGGAGGGCCAAGAGAGCCUUGGCAUGAUGCUCAUGCUAGUGUAACUGGUGAUGCUGCUUGGGAUGUGUUAACCAAUUUUGAGCAAAGAUGGACAAAGCAAUGUGAUGCUUCUCUUCUAGUCCCUGCCAACACUCUAGAAAAUCUCAUUCCCACAUGCUCAAGCCCUCCCAAAGAGAGGAAUUGGAAAGUUCAAGUAUACAGGUCAAUUGACCAUGUGUCUGCUAGCCAGUUGUUUAGAAAGCUAACUGUGGAGAGAAGCAUCCAUGAAGCCUAUGUUGAAGCAAUUAGGCGUGCCGAUAGGUUUGUGUACAUCGAAAACCAAUAUUUUAUUGGGGGGUGCCAUUUGUGGCAGAAAGAUAGGCAUAGUGGAUGCAGGAAUCUGAUUCCGGUCGAGAUUGCACUCAAGGUGGUCAGUAAGAUUAAAGCAAGAGAGAGGUUUGCAGUGUACAUAGUCAUCCCAAUGUGGCCAGAAGGAGUGCCUGAAAGUGAACCAGUUCAAGAUAUACUGCACUGGACCAGAGAAACAAUGAUAAUGAUGUAUAAGUUGAUUGGAGAAGCAAUAAUAGAAAGUGGUGAGCCAGGACAUCCAAGAGAUUACUUGAAUUUCUUCUGCCUUGCAAAUAGGGAAAAGAAGGGAAAAGAGGAGUAUCUUUCACCACAUUCUCCCCAUCCUGAAACACAAUACUGGAAUGCACAAAAAAAUAGGAGGUUCCCGGUUUAUGUUCACUCCAAGAUCAUGAUAGUGGACGAUAUAUACAUAUUAAUAGGAUCAGCCAAUGUGAACCAAAGAUCCAUGGAUGGGCAAAGGGACACUGAGAUUGCCAUUGGGGCCUACCAAUCUCAAGAUGGAGCUGAUCACCACAUUAUAAGCCGUGGUGAUAUUCAUGCAUACAGAAUGUCACUGUGGUAUGAGCACACUGGAAUCACUGAGGAAUUGUUCUUAGAGCCAGAAAGUUUGUCAUGUGUUAAGAGAAUGCUGUCAAUAGGGGAUCACAUGUGGGGAGUCUACAGUAGUGAAGAAACUGUGGACAUGGAAGGUGUGCACCUUGUAAGUUACCCUGUGAAAGUAACACAAGAAGGGUCUGUGAAGGAUACGGUUGAUGGUGGAGAUCAUUUUCCUGACACAAAAUCUCCAGUGAAGGGGAAAAGAUCAAAAUUCUUAGCCCCUAUCUUUACUACUUAACCAUACAACUGAGACAUGGACACACAGACUAGACUGACCAUUCUUUUGCUUUUCUUUUUUCACACCGAAAUAAAGUGUUCUUAUUUACAUGAAGCUGAAUACAAGCUCUACACUUGCUGUUAACAGCAAAAGUUGCCAAGAAUA